AAACAUUGCUUUGAGAUUUGGGAACGAACGUUCACUGUAAAAUACGCACAUGGUUCGGUUCAUCGCUUGUUUCAGUGUGUUUAAUAGUGGAUACAUUUCGAGUUUAACCUUUCUCUGAGUAAGCUUUAAUAUUGAACACUCGUGAGUUUAAUGAAAAAUGGACGGUACACAUUUGUUUGGAACUUCAUUCGAUGUCGAUGAUCAGAAUCCUGCGACUGGUGGGUUCGAUGAUCCCAUGAAUCCACCGACUGCUGAACACAACAACGUGCUCGAACACGACGAUCACAGCGUCGAACAUUAUGCUCUUGACCAGGCUGAUCCCUCCGCUACCGGUGAAGAAAGCAGAGGGCGAGCUCCCAAAACAGAAGAAGAAAUGAGGGAAUGUAAACAUUGCGAUUUUAAAGCUGAAGACUGGCCGGUGAGUUCGACAUAUUUCAAUGUCAGACUGUCAGUUUGUCUGUCACUUUGUCACCAGAUUGGGCUACAUUUAGUACUAUUGAGGGAUCUGGAUAUCCAAUUGGGGAGAAGGGGGUUUCUCCUUAAAAUUUUUGCAGGGGGAAAGCAGGUAUUAAGUGAAGGAAUAAAGUAUGGUGGAUUAAGGGCUGAGGACCCUGGACCCAGGAUGCAAUCCCUGCUACAAAAUUUGUUGGUGUAAGGGAAGCCUCACAUAUCGAUUUUUUCCACGAGAAACGUCAUAUGUUCGUGGGGGGGGUUUGCAACUGUGACGUUUCAGUGUAUUAAAUAUCAUGGGAAAAUUCGAUAGUUUUAUCGAAAGCCUUAACAUUUCGAAAUCAUCUUUGCAGAGUAUAAAAAAGAAAACAACUUGAUACAAACGCCAGUCUAUAGGCCUACAUUCGUAAUACCAUACCUGUUCUACACGUAUACAUUUAUAUUAUUACGCCUUCCUUGCAUUGAAAACACUCAAAUUUCAAGAAAACCGCGCUAAAAUUAUCAAUAUUUCAUGCAAAAAAAAGUUGUUUUGAGAAACGUUAGAAAUUUUGAAGUUCAUAUAUAUUAAUAAAAAAAGAUAUGUCAGCAAAAGAUGACAUAUUAGGGGUGCACCGGAACCAGUUUUUUAAGUUCCGGCCGGAACCGGAUCCAACCGGAACUGGAAAAAAGUUCCGGCCGGAACCGGAACUAAUUUAUUAAGCCAUAUAUAGUCAUAUGUUACUUUGUCCGCUGCCAGACAGGCAGACACUUCAAGUCAUCAAGGAGAGAGCUCGCAAAUGUUAGAAUAAAAAGAUUGACAAGCGUUAAAUGUCAUAAUGAAGUGUUAAUAAUGUACAUUUCCCUUGUGUAGUCCAGAUUUCUUCCUACUGUGACCUUUUGUUAGACACAAAAACGUUUGAUAUUCUAUCUCUCUGAAAACGACAGAGUUCCGGUUCCGGCCGGAACCGGAACUCUAAAAAAUCGGGGUUCCGGCCGGAACUAACCGGCCGGAACCGAGUUCCGGUGCACCCCUAUGACAUAUUCCUCGCGGAAGCAUCGCCAAUAGCCGACCGUAGAAAAUAGUAGAAAAUUACCUUAUGUGUACUAUAUUGAACAAAAUAUCGAUAACUAUGUGUGACGUUUCUUAGGGGGGUGGAGGGGGGUCUCCAGAGAAACGAACAUAUGACGUUUCUCAUGGACGAAAUCGAUAUGUGAGGCUUCCCUAAUGUCAGUACACAACCCUCGAAAUUCGACUAUUUUUGCCUCGGCAAAUAAUUGCCGAAGUCUUUCGAUAAUUUUUGAGUUUGCCUCGGCAAUUUUUUUUUGCCGAGGCACGCAAUGAAAUCACCUUAAAUUCCUUCGGCAAUUACUUCGGCACCCUUCAGCAUUCACGUUUGCAGUUGUAACUUGUAAUUAAAGUAAAGUACAUACGGAAAUUACUGUGAACAAAUAUUAUAAUGAUCGUAGAUUCUGACGUUUGACAAUUUGUUGUUAUUUUACAUAUUCCUGAUUCAAAAUGUUUUUUAAUAAUUUAUAACUAAAAGUUAAAACAAAGUUUCUCGACGUGCCGUCUUUAAACCAUCAAGAUUGUUCUUUAUUUCAACCGAAGCCGACGCUGAAAAGCUCAAAAUUAAAUAUUGUGUAAAGUAGCUAUGAAUGAAAUCUUCUGUUGUUCACCCGACGUCGAUGACAACAAUUCGAACAAAGAAGUGAUGCAAAAAACGAACACUGUAGUUUGUAAAUUUAAGAAGAAAAAAAACAACGAACAGACGCUGUAGUUUGUAAUUUAAGGUACAACAGGUGGAAUUGCCUCGGCAUUUUUUUGCCGAGGCAAACUAUGAAAAAUCGUAACUUGCGUCGGCAAUUGCCGAGUGCCGAGGCGAAUUUCGAGGGUUGGUACAGUAGUAUUACUUUACAGUUUUGCCAAACGCAUACACGAUUGUUUAUUUUGACAUGGGUUUUAGUCCCCAAGUACAUUUUUUGUAGCUAUUGGCAUGAUCAGGGGCAAAUGUUCAUGGCUUAUCUCCAGUACUCAUAGGAUUUACAUGGAAUGCACACUGUCUAUGGAUUCCCCCGGAUAUCUUAUACGGGCCGGAUAGUGAUAAAUAUCUCAGUGUCUGCCCUUCAAGGGUAAAAAAAAUAGGCGAGCACGCCAGCACUGAUCGCAGGAAAUGUUAAACAGCUGCAGGAAAUUUGUUUGAAUGAAGAUAUGCUAUUGAAUAUUUGAAGGAACCUUUACACCCAUGGUUGACAGACAUUAUUCCUUGAAUUUAAAACUAUGGUCAGCUAGAACACUAGACAUGUUUAUGCACAUGCAGAUUUAGCACAAAAAUACUCUGUUGGUCUGCAGCACAUCUUUGUCACCAGGUUGUGCUCCCAGGGAGAAAAUUAUUUUAGAGAGCUUAAGCUUCGUGUUAUAUGUCAAACGGCAAACACCUGGCAAAGAAAAAUUUUACAGUAUCAUAUUUAUUAUAGCAUUAUUAUCAAAACAAUUCUGUAUAUUGAAAAAUUCCCUUAUUAUUUUGUCUCAAAUGUAACAUGUACAACAAUGAAAUGCCCAUAUGCAACUUAAAUUAAUGCUGGGUUUAAUAAUAUACAUGAAAAAAAUUCUCAAUUCUGAUUGGCUAAGAUAAGAGCAGUGCAAUUUUUUGAAAUACAUUGCCAAAGAAAUGAAAUACUGUGCAAAAUUUUUAAUUUUCAAAUUUCUUAAUUUUCGAAAUGUGACUUACACACGUGACUGCAUAAUUUUUUGCUGUACAGUAAUAGUAUAAUUUCUCAUGCAAUUUGAAAAAACAUACACUCGUGAGUUUUUCAAAGACUUCAAGGUAGUCGGAUGGAUUUUUUCCAAAUUGCACUCGAAACCAUACUAUUUCCUAUACAAAUGGAAUGACCCAUUGGCAGAGCUCAGGAGGCAAAUCUUAGUGUCCUGCUGAAGUAAUAUUUCAAAACCCAAAUAGAAUCUGCCAUAACAUGAUGAACAUUUGUACUUUGUUUUAUUGAAGGCAUUUGCAAAACAUGUCUUUAAAGCUCAUCAUAUCAAGAAAGUGGCAGAAGCUUAUAAUAUAAAAUUGACAAAAGAUCCUCCUUCAUCUUUUGCUUGUGAUGUAAGUAUAUUGUAUCAUUGAUUCUGUAAUCGGGGUUUAAAAUUGCAGCUGGCUGACACCUGCAUUUUCAAGCACCAGCGACAACUUCUAAAUCAGCAACAAUGAGUUCUAGACUUCUUAAUUUAUUGAUCUAUACAAUGAAUUUAUCUCUUUAAUUAAAAUAAAAAAGAUGCUGUCUUGAGUCUCUUGACAUAAAAAGAUUGUGUUAAGCAUUCUGUCUGGUAGUCAUGAAAUUCUUGUAGCCAUGAACAAAGGGGGGAGUUGUAACUGUAUGAUGAAAAUCAAUACCCAUUUCAUUUUGUGAUCGCUUAUUUUGAUUAAUUACAUGUAUUAUGCUCAGGGCCGGACUAACGUUCCGCGGGGCCCGUGGCAUAUUAUCAGCGCGGGGCCCCUUGACCCCCCCCCCCAACCGUCCAACGGCAUUUUGGACACUGGAUUAUAAAGAUUAAAAAUAUUCUUUUGUAUUUCAUAUGUGUUGAAAAGUUUCCUUUGUAUUAGUACAAAAAAAAAAUUAUACAUCAAUCAAUUUGAUAGAACUGAAACUCAACCUAGGCAUUUUAUACCAUUAACAUUCUUAUUAUUUACAGAAAAAAAAGCUAAACAUGAUAGCGUCCAUAUAAACUUUUGCCAUGUUCCACAAAAUUCGGCAAUCUUUUAGUAGUUAAUUAACAGUUUACUGCAAAUUUUGAAAUUUCUGACCCCAAUUAAUUUUUUGGCCUCGCUUUUUGGAGCCCCUUGCCAAAAGAAGGAACAAAAAAAUUUGUUUGCGGCCCUGCUUUUGGAGCCUCACUUUUUAAACUUUGGGGCCUCGUGUUUUUUUGUUUUGGCCGGGGCUUCGCUUUUGGGGCCCUUGGACUCCUUGGGGGCCCUUGGACUCUUUGGGGGCCCUUGGACUCUUUGGGGGCCCUUGGACUCUUUGGGGCCCUUGGACUCUUUGGGGCCCCGCGCUGUUUGGAUCCCGCACUGAAACAGGAAAAAAACGUUUGGGGCCCCGCUCUUUGGGGUCUAGAUUUUCAAAUUUUGAGAUCUGACGUUAUCUGGGGACCUUGGGCUCUUGCAAGGCUCGAAACUUGCGGUAUCCCGAUAUCCACGGGAUAUCAGAUUUUAAUUUUGGAUACUGGGUUUCAUAAGCUCAGUAUCCCAACUGGAUACUAGGAAAACUUAGAAAUUGCGAUAGUAGAUAAUCAUCUAGACGUUUGACAUGUUUCCGAACUUCAAUGUCUACGGAUUUUGGCAGAAUAUUUAAAAAAAAAAUUUCACAAACGGUGCUUUCUUUCGUAUUGCCGCAGUGUGUUAUUUUCAAUUUUUUCGAAUUUCAAUACAUAUUUUUAUUAUAAUUGAAACUAAAGGCCUGGUUUUUGCUCAGCAACUGAAGGCCUGGUUGCAAGGUAAAAUUUUGCCUUGCUUAGAUACUGGAAAUAGAAUAUCUAGUAUCCAAAUCUGGGAUACUAUAUUUCAAGGAUGGAUACUAGAUUCUAUGAUGCUGGUAUCCACUUGGAUACUGACAAAAAUUUCAAGUUUGGAGCCCUGUCUUGGGACCUUGGGCCCGCGUUGAAACACUGAAACGGGGAAAAAAACACGUUUGGGGCCCCGCUCUUUGGGGGCUCGCUUUUUAAAUUUUGGGGGACUUGGGCUCUUUGGGGCCCCGCACUGGCGCACUGUUUGGGCCCCGCGCUUAAACAGGAAACAAAAAAUUCAGAAAAAGUAGAAGAGAGUAAGCGCGGGCCCCCCAAAAGCGCAGGGCCCGCAGCAUAUGCCGCUUCUGCCAUAUGGUUAAAUUAAUCCGGCACUGAUUAUGCUGGGCAUUGGUUUCAUAGAAUUUUUGAAAAUAUUUUUUACUGCAUAUAUUUCUGACUAACUAACUUGUUGCGGGUAUUUUCUGCGUAAUCAUUUCAUAUGUGGCUUAUUAGAUUCUGAAAAAAAUUGCCGGUGCAGAAAAUGUACAUGGACCAAACAUCCUACAAAUAUAAUUUAUUAUCUAAAUUCCAAUUAUUUAUUUUAAACCUUGGUAAUAGUUGUAUGAUUUAACCCAGUUUUAAAGGGCUUUAUCAUUUACUCUGUAACAAAAAAUAUUUCCUUAUUGUGGUCAUUUUAACUCGAAUUUAGGAGUCAUCUCCACUAUGUUGUCUAUGGACAUUAUCUGCCUAAUUCAGUUAGCCCUUAUGGUUAUUUUAGGCAGAUAAUACCCAUACCUACUACAGUAUACUAACAGAGCAAAUAAUGUAAUGAUUUAUAAUGGGUGAAUAAAUUCUUUGUCUUCUUCUUCUCCUUACCAAAGAAAUGUCAGGGGAAAUUAAUAACAUAAAUUUAAAUGAUAUUCUUUGAACACUAAAUAUUUGGAUAUGUAUAAUCAAUGGUGGAUCCAGCAAGGUUUUAGGGAGGUGCUGGGUGGGCAACCAAGCACACCGAAUGGGUAUAUUAUAUUGCCAUUGGUUGUUUACAUUUAAAUUCAGAAUACUGACAAGUAAGAAGACAGUGUAUUUUGAACUGUUUAUUAUUAUAUCAAAUAUACCAUUUGUGUAAUAUAGUAGUAAUAUAUAAUAUGAUCUCAAUUUUGUUAAGAUAUGUUCUAUCACUUGCUGUGGUCAUCUGUCUUUUAAUGCUCAUAUGCUUGGAGCAAAACAUCGGAAGGUAGGUUUCGCUCAAUUAGGGUGAGGCAGUUAAUCAAUGAACUGGAAAAAACGAUUCAACUGAUGUUGUUCUUGGUAAAGACCUGGAAACAAAUUGAGAGAAAAAGUUGUUUGAAACAUUAAACAAAUGUAAGCAAUCUGCAAUACUGCGAUUUUGACAACACCGUGUCAAAAUCAUGGCGCUAGUUCAACGUAUUCUGAUGAAACUUCCAAGUUUCAAACAUUAAAAAUGCGAGAAAAUAGCACACCUAACGGUAGCUUAUUGUGUACAUAUUAAGGCAGUACUGUACCAUUAAUACAAUUUUGUUUUUAAAACUAAAGUCUUGAACGUGUAACAUGAAGUUUAAUCUAACUGUACAGUAAGUAGCAUAUUUUGACAUAAGUUAUAAAAAUCAUUUUGCUUUCCAACGGCAGGGUCUUAGCUAGGAUUUUAGAUCUUGGGCGUGUUUCUAAUGACCAGGGCGUGCACAUGUCAAUUACCUUGAAUAGCAAAAUCACGGUUCUCGUUAUGCUCGCCAACAACAACUAUGCUUGUGGACUGUUCUGGUUGUUCUAUGCUUUGCAACCAAUUACAAGAUGAGCAUACGCUCAUAUUGCGCACUGAGAUUAAAAUAUUAAGUUAUUUCAGCAACUCUUGGGGGUAUUUAAAACCAUUUUAACACCAUACAGUUCCCAUUAUCCAUCAAAAUAUUAAAAUAUCACGGAUCAUUUUUGCCAAUUCAACAACAACAGUAGAUUUUACAAACUUUCUUAUGACGUAAAUAGGAAGAAAUUCUGUCUGUUGUAAGUAGCACCACCUUAUUUUAUGAACCUACACGGCCUUAUAUAAAAAUAGUAAAGGCGCGUUAAUUUUAUCAAGCCGUGUUUUUCCGCUUUUGGCCGCGAUAACACGGCCAACACGGCCCUCUAGCUAAGACCCUGUCCAACGGUUUUUACCCAGAACCACCUUACCCUACACUCACUAUGUAGUUAAAUUUAGUGCUUUAUGUUUGAUUUGCAAAAUAAAAAUCACUACGGUUCCUUUGUACUAUAUUUGUGGCCUGAAAUAGACAAAUCCCAUUAUAGACUAAUUUUAAAACUAGGCAAGGAAAUGCAAAUAAAUCACCACAGCUAGAAAGAACAUACUAAGAUUAGUAAAAUUGCAAAUUUUGGUUGCGAAAUGUUAUAGAAUGCGGAAAAUAUAGCCUUGCAAAUUUUGUAUACUGUCUUAUGUAUUGCGUGCGGAAAUUUCUACCACAUUUGGGCCGAAAAUGGGAGCAAUUUCCGCACGCAAUACAAAAGUAUACAAAAUUUGCAAACGUUGCAAGGCUAUAUUCUCCGUAUUUUACAACAUUUUGCAACCAAACUUUGCAAUUUUACUCAUUUCAGUAAUACUAUGUUCUUUCUAGCUGUGGUGAUUUAAUUGCAUCUCCUUGCCUAGUUUUAAAAUCAGUCUAUAAUGGGAAUUGUCUAUUGCAUGAGUGUCCUGGUAAUAUGUAUAAGAUAUAAGAUUUUAAAUUUGGAUGUGAACAUCACAGAUACCAACAUUUGUAUUAAAAGAAUCCCAAUGAAUUUUACAGUCAGACCUUGCUUUGCUCUUCUGCCCUUGUAUCCUACAUGUAUGGAGCUUGAUCAGAACUUAUAGAACUCAUAUAUGUAGUACUGUAAGAUAGUUUCAUGCAUGUACAGGUGCUAUAAACCAUUAAGGGCCGCUAUUUACUGUAGGUGCCUUGCUUUACCAAAUUCAAUUUAUAUGCAGCUCCAAAAUGUGAUCAGGGUGCACCAGAUCAGGUGGAACUGAACAGAGUCGGAGUAGUAUUAGACUGUAAUUAGUAUAAUAUGUUUUGCUGACUUGUCUGAUUUGAAUUGUUGGUUACUCCAUAACAUUAUGAAGCCAGGUGAUGUCUCUAAUUGUUGGAACAAAAACCAUAAACACUGCGAAAAAUGUCAUGUGCUGUACAGUACAAAACUUCAUUUGUAGCAGCCACUGUGUACAUGAACUCUUUUGUUUGUACUGUUGUUGCAACCAAAUGGAUCUUCAUCAGCAAAUAAAUUUGAUGAAUAAAUCUAUGAAUGGUGUUUCAUAAAUAUGACAGAGUUCCGGUUCUGGAGUAUGCUACUUGAUGCUAUAAACUUUAUGGUUUUAGGCUUUACAACAGAAAGCUGCCGAGAACGAGCGAAGUGCAGGAGGUAGGUGCAAAUAACUAUAAAAUUUUAAACAUUGUUAUUGGGUCAUCCCUGACAGACAUAUCCGCACUUCUCCCACAAUUCAAUCAUGUCCCCAUUUAGGCACACUUUUUACUAUUUUAUCUCACCCUGUCCACAAAUGCCCUUUUUAGCUAGAGGUAGUGUGGAUUUUUUCUGAAACAAUCCAUUAUACCUGAAGUCCUGAACAGCAGUAUUUACAUGUACCUGUAUGAUGUCUCUCGUAUUUGAAUGCUCAGCAGUAAGUUCUACUCUGUGCUAGGAACAUACAGUAUAGUGAAACUUAGUAUUAAAAGGUCAUCCUAUUAAUACUGUUCGUGGUUAUCCUCACUGGCAAAUUUGUAUAUCUAUUCUGGGACCAUUUGCUUGUACAGUUUAUUUGCCAUUCGGACUGCAAACAAAAAUAUAUUUUGAGUCUAUAAAAUAUUUUAUCCUAUCCCUCAUAAUCGUCUACUGUAUUAAUACUGUAUGGCCACUGGGUUCCACAAUAUAUUGAGACUUGAAAGAUGUUUUUUGCACUUCACGUGGUUGAACUUGAAAGCUGGUUUUGGUGCAUAAUCCAAGCAAUCAUAUCAUUGUGCAAAAAAAGCAUUGUGUUACUUGUGUAUAUAUAGCGUUAUGUGAAAAUUUAAUUAUGUAUAUAUAUGCUCGCUUGAUUUAUCCACCAAAACCAGUCCACAAUAUAUUAAAGGUUUUUACUGUCCAUACUUGUCUUUUAAUUGGUAGGUGGUCGAAUGAAAAAUAGUCAGUUUGGCAACAUCCAGAACAAGAAGCCAUACGACAAACCUCAGAAACCUGCAAAAGGAAAAUCGAUUGGAGCGCAGGUUUUUGCCAAUUACCCGCAGCCAUUAAUAGGUAAUAUAUGGUCUUAAAUACGAUUUAUUUCUCAAUUAGGUUGGUCAUUUUAACUCGAAUUUUUUAGGAAGUCAUUUUACAUAGUUCAUCUUGUACAGUCGGGCGUAGGCCAUCGUUUUUGGUCUUUUUUUGUGCAUCUUGUUUUAUGAUUGUUUCUGCAGAGCCAAAACCCAGUGUUUCAUUUUCAUCACCUACAGGUCUACCAAUACCUUGCAGCGAGGUUUGAAAUAACCACUUGUUUACCUGUUGAUUCCAGCGUAUUUUUACAAGCCACAAAUUUAAAAACUGUUCUGUGGUUGGGUUAGUUUUGAAGACAUUUUGCUCUUUCUUAAAACGCAAAAAUUGCGCGGUUGUUUUAGUGUCUUUUUAGUCUCAUCUCUAAUUUCUUUUAAAAAAAUCUUCAACCAAUCAUACACUGCAUUAAAAUAGUAGGAUAGGUUAUGAACCAAUCAAGGAAAAAAGUAGACAAAAAGGACGAUCAUACGUCUAAUACUGGCAUUAGUUCAAUGGUUCCUUCAUUGCGGACGACCGUUUACUUUCUGACCGCGCAGCUGCUUUUUUUUAAAUGAAACUGAAAGCCCUGUAAAUCAUGUUGAUAUACUGCAAUCUUACUUCAACAGAAUUUAACUGUAAUUGUGAAAAUUUAAAAAUGGCUGCGCCUCUUGCACAUUGAACUUUCUUACGUAUUUGAAGAAACAUCAUGAAAGGUGGUGGAAACAACUUGAUCAUUUCUUGCCACCAUUUGCAAAAAAACGGUGCCGUUAAAAUACGAAGUGUCGUUAAUUAAAGUAUCCUUUUGUCGGUUUUCCACUAAAGCAAUAUUGGGUAAAUAAAUUCGGUUUUGGAAAAAAAAUCCUCCAUUUUUUCGUUAUAUGGAAAAAUCGCCUCAGUCAAUUAACUGUACAGUGCUGUAUAGCACUUUACUGACUGCAGUAAACUUUAUUGUUUUCAGUACUGUUUGUACUGUAUUGCAGCAGUACGAGCCUUCGGUGGCGCAGUCGACAGAGUAGGCGUAGUUCUCCUCUGAGAUCGUGACUUCGAUUCUCGCUGUGGAGUUUGAGACGUAUGUGAGAAGAGUCGGUCAACACUAAGUCGUGUGUUUACAGGGAUUGUUGACAGGAUGGGUUGGGAUAACACUCCCAAACUAACUCUUCCAUCUUAGCUGUGCUCGGUGAUCAGAAAUGGGUUACACAGUGGCAGCGAGAAGUGCCAUUGGUAAUCUGUCGACUUGAUCAGUUGAGCUGUGCCCUUCGCAAUUCAGCUCAUCUCACAGCUACAGUAAGAGUGAGGUGAUUAACGCACCCCCACUUACUGUGUUUGGCAAUACUACUGUAUACUGUAAUACCGUGCUUAUAAGUUUAAUGUGUUAAUUGUGCUGGUCUUUGCAGUAUUGUAUCAAUGUACACAUACAAUGUUGUCCGCAUUGUUUUGUGCUUAGUAUAGUACUGCACUUUGCGAAACUACAGUAUAUACUUUACAGUACAUUACUUUGCGUAACUUUACAGUGCAGCAGUGAUGUAUUUAACUGUCCUAUGCUGUGCUUUCCCGUUUCCUCUAUACAAUAUAGGGUUAUAAUAGAACUGUUGCAAUUUCAAUGUAGAAGACCAAUGCCCGUUGUAAAUUUGAGUUAAUCUGUUUAGCUCUACAGUAUAGAAAGAUGUACUGUAGUGCUACUACAAUUUUCUCUACUGAAUUGCAUUCGUAUGUACAGUGUGCUGUAUUGUACGUACCAUACGUGCCUUUAAAUUUGCCUCAGCUGCCAGAUAUUCGAUUUCUGGUCAUGUUGAAUAUUGUUCCUAAAUUAUUAAGCAAUUUAUUUUUUACUAUGACCAAAGGUUUUGCGAUGGUUUUAGUAACAAUACAUUAAAUACCUUGUUUUUCUCUGAAAAAUUUGGUGACGAAUCGAUUCCAUUGCCACAACGGCAAUGGUACUGUAAAAGAAAAUAUGUUAAUUUGAUCAUGCUUAUAGUGACGAACAUAUUCAAUUUUUCAUCUUGAUUAUGAUUAAUUGAAAUGUUUGGGUUUCGCUAUAAUAUAACCUGUGCUAUACUUUGACCACCCAUCCACAGGCCUGGAAUACGUGACGGAGGUCCAGGUGGCUGGACAAAAUCCUCGUUAUGAAUGUUCUUUAUGUGAUGCGAAAUUUGAACAUGAUCUCAAGUUUCCUCACUUGGUUGGCCAAAAACAUCGUAUGAAUGUCUUGGUAAGUUUUACCUUCUCUCCAAGCUUUUGUUUAAAGGCAAGGAGUUGUUUACCUUCAUAAUGAACGUAUGUGGUGAACAUAGCGAAAUAUGCCACAAGUCUUGUUACAACCAGUACAAGUCCUGUAAAAUAAUUCUACUGACCUUGUACAUAACCUUGUAUGAAGACCGGUCAGAAGAAGCCGGAUACAAGUUUUGUGCCAUAAUGUUUCACCUUUUGGCAAGUAAACAUGUAAGAGGUGUCGUGAUGACUUGGUGUAAUAUUUGUAGAAGUUUUGUUGCAACAAACUUGUAUAUUAAUUUUUAAAUUUACUUUGUUUCAAGUUUUUAAACUUGCAGCAAGUUUUGAAACAACUGAUGUUGUUUCAUGUUUUUAACUAGCAAGUAUUCUGACAACGAACGCCUUGUAACAAGGAUUUUACAACUCUGUAAGAAGUUUUUCGACAAUUUAAUGGGAUUGUUGUUACAACUUUACCGCAAUUUUUGUUAAAACCUUGAACUGCAGUACGUUUUCUGGCAAACGUGUCGUGAAAACCUUGUAGUAAAUUUAAUAACAAUUACGUGGUGUUACUCUUCUAGACAAGUGCAAGUAGUGUAACAAUUUUGUCGCAAGCUUUGUGACAACAUUGUACAAGUUUGACAACAACUAGUUGCAUUUAUUUAGAAGUGUCUACGUUUUUGCUUGAGACUGUCAUCCACGAAAGUGAAUGCAAUCCCGUUGGAAUUACAUUCACGACCAAACGUUUCAACACUUCGGCCUAUGUGCGACAUACCAUUUUCCCCGUUAAAAUAAAAUCGUAAUCUGCUUGAAGUUUCGACCCCGUAGACCAAAAUAAUCUAUAAAAACAAGUUCAUUUCUUGUUUGCUUUCGUUCUCACUUCAAAUUCAAACAUUUCAAGCGCAGGUAGAUCCGUAGUAGAUACUGCAUAUUUGCAUGCAUUGACAAUACUACAUGGAUUUUAACAGUGGGUCCCAUUAUUUUAAAUUCCUUCCGGUUAAUUCUAUUAAAUUUCUUCUCUUACUUGGUUGCUCACCUCUGUAGCCUAAUUCCAAACGUUUUUAACCGACUGAGAAACGCCAGUAGUGUUGGACUGUUGUAUAUAAUAUUUUGUAUUUCAAUCAAAUUGUAAGUACAAUAUCAUAAAUAUAUGUCUGUCAUUAAAUUUUGUAGAAGAAAUGGUAGAAAACAAUUUUUUCGUGUUCACAUCGAGUUAUAAUAAAUGCACUUGUGCAGAAGUUCGGGAAAAAAUUGAAAUGGUAUAUAAAUAAAUUUGAUAUUAUGUUUAUGUAGAAAAUCAAGCGGCCUGAUUUUGUGAAAGAAUUGCAUCCUACGAGUAAGAAACGUUCUGAGCUUACCGCUGCAUUGUUGAAAGAGUCGAUUGAUCUGGAGCUAGCAGAAGGACGUAAAGAAGUGAAAAUCAGAGUCGAGAAACCUCCUCCCGGACUUCAACCCCCUAGAGGUUAGUUAACAGCUGGUCUGUACUGGAAAGUCACAUAGUUAUAAGUAAAGUGGUAGCCCUCUUGUCGGUAGCCCUAUACAGUCGCUUCCUGGUAGCCCUAUACAGUCGCUUCCUAUCAGUUGAUCUGACGGACUGCAACCAAUAAUAAAUCCAUCAUCCAAUUCCAAUCCUUUUUCUGGCUUUGUUAAAGGUGAUCUACAGUCCGUAUGUAAACAAAGCCUUUGUUUACAUUUUUGUGUCCAAAAUAUUGAGCUUUAUUCGACAACUAUUUAUAUUUUCAAGCUUCUAGAGUAUAAUAAAUGAUCAAGAAACAACAAUCAAGCUUUUCAAGAACUCAAAACAUAGUUAAACUGUUUGCAUCAUAAAAAGUGGGCUCAUUUGUGCACAUGCGCAGAUCGGACUGUAGAUCACCUUUAAACAAUUUAAGAUUUGGUAAAUAUGUUUAUAAGAAAAGACGUUAGAAGUGCUUACGUCACUCAAUUUUUAAUACAUACAGUAGGACUUCUGGAAUGCACAGUACAUUGUGCGAUACUUUUGGAUCAAUAAUUCGUUGUUUGAAAAUUACGUGACCUAAGCACUUCUAAGAUCCAUUGAUUUCGGAGUGGCAGAUCUGGUUACCGCCGAGUUAAGCCUGUUAAUAUCGAAGGUAGGGUAGAGUAUUUACUUAGGUUGGAAAGCUAUUGUUCCUGUGCUUCAUGGGCUUUUCGGGUGCCCUUCGGUUGUCCUCCCUCACCAGAAAUUAUAAGAUCCGCUAGGAUUUACUUGGCAACAUGAGUAUCGUGAGCUUCUGCCACGACCUUUGUAUACACCAAAUUAAACAAACACAUCGUUAUCAUAACACGUCCUCCAGUUAAUGAGGUCCGCUGUUGUAACUAAUAACCACUAAUACUAACAAACAAUAUCAAUAGUUUGAUAUCUAUAAGUUACAUUGUAACUUUGUUAUUCUUAUGUAUAACUUUAGUCUUUGAAUUAUUACUGUAUGAAUAUUACUAACAAUUAUGGCGAAACUUAGUGAAAUUUCAAUUGCUUUCUGUUAAGUUUCUUGUCUUGCCCUAUAUAUUAACUUUAGCAAUUUUUAUAAUCUAGGUCGAGGAGGCAGUCGUGGUGGGGGACGAGGUGAAAGACGAAAUACUGGUCAUCCAAAAAGGGGUUCGUGGAGUAGUAGGGAAACGUCAUUUUCCCGAGGUAGAGGGUCAAAUAUGGGAUCAUACAUAACCCCGCCGUCAGGACCAAGUGGCUUAUCAUAUGGCUCCUCAUCAUAUGGCUCUUUUGGUGGUGGUGGCGGUGGAAUUGGAUAUGAUUCGUUUAGUUAUAACAUGCCAUAUAAUGCAAGUUACGACAAUCCGAACUACGGCAGAAGUUAUCAGCAAAGGUUGGUAUGAUUAUAUGUAAGAUCAUGAUUUAUAUUGUCAAGGAUAUUUGCGCGCUUCUUUUUCGUUUUCGGAGCUUAAGCACAAAUUGUACAGUAGCUUUAACUGUUUUUGGAUCCAGACUUUGUGAACCAAUGGCUGCUGAGUUCAUAGAGAUUAUAAAAGGGCGAGAAAAAUCGAGGGACAAAUUGAAGCUUUCUAAUGGGGACAAAUAACGCUCUUUGAUUGGCUAAAUUCUUGUUGCGAGGAUGUAAAUUCUCAUUGCCAGGAUGUAAAUUCUCAUUCACAGAUGCAAAGCCACAAUGUUUAGGAGGAGCGGGAAAUUACCAAAAUAAUACAAGUUUGGAAACACUGAUUUUUUUCAUUUUUAGCAUAGUUCAAGCAAGGAUUAAGAGCCCAAAAUCAACAAGAAUACCUGCACUUUAAUACAAAACAGGUUUUGGAACGGUAGAAAUGUUUUAAAGUGCUUCGAUGUUGAAGGGCGGUAUUUUCUUUGUGACUUCCGCACGUCCAAAUUUUUAUCAUUAUCCACGAUAUAAAACGGAAAUUCCUCGAUUUUUCGCCACAAAUAAAUGUAAAAAGUCAGGAAUGUUGAUAAAACCAGGAUUGAAUAUUUCAAUUGUAGCCAAAAGAUGUAGAAUUAGAUUUUCUUGGUUUUAUCCAGGUAUAACUCAAAUUUGCCGACUUUUUUCCGGGUGUAGCCCAUUAGCAAGCUUCAAUUUAUUCCAUUCGUUUGCGUGAACGUUUCCUACAAUGCUCACUGAUUACAAAAAACGUCCAGAUCUAUUGAUUUACUCGGCCCAUGAAUUGGCCGCCAGCAGGAAUUUGAGCCCGCAUUACCAUGGUGUGACACUAAUCCUUUAAUUUGUUUUGGUUCUUCGAACCUAAAUCCCGCUGACAACAUUCUGAAAUACCUGUCGCUUGCUAGACUUGCGGCUAUAAGUUUAUUUUGAUGUGAAGACCGCUAAUUCAACUGAUCUUACUUCAAUUGCGUCCUGUUCAGUUGCACUGAAAUUAAUUUGAUGUUUUUACUUUUACAGCACUUCUGGCUUUGGACAAGGAUAUCCUGAAAGUAACCCAUCAUACUUUGAUAGUGGAUAUUCUGCACCACCACCGCAAAUUGAACCUCCUCGCAAUUUCGACGUUCCGUCAGUUCCAUCAAAGGUUCGCAUAUUUUUUGUUACUAUUUGUUUAUGUACGUACUGUAGUCGGUCGGAGCUGGCAACAAUUUUUCACUUGUUGCCCGGCGGGAUACAUUGCAUUUUUCUAAAGCUACGUGACCACAAGUCAGCCAAUCACAUUUGGUGUUCACCCUGCGGGAUAUGAAGAAUUAUGAAGGGCAAAAUUGUGUUAUCUGCCGAUGCUGAAAGCUGAUGCGGUUAGCACGGGCUGGAGCCUUCGCAAUUAUUCAUACCAUGCUGAAACCAAAUUCAAUAAUUACUUUAUAUUACUUAUUUAAAAGAUAUCCGCACUUGUGCGUCUUAAUUCUUGCCAUUUGCAGGAAAUAUGUUUUCUAUUCUUUCAAAUAUACGUCAAAAAUACUUCAGAGAUUUUCGUCGCUAUUUUAGUUUUUUUAUUUUAUUUAGUCUUUUAUUUUUUAUUUUUUUAUAUUUAUUUAACGGCCAAAAGCGAUAUCAUGCGAUAAUUCUCCAUACCAUACCCAUCAUAUCGCAUCAUCACCAGUUCUUUCAUUGGGCUUAUUUAUACUUUCUGUUUGCUUUUGAAUAGCAAGCAAUAUCGCCUGGUUUGGCUACUGCUCUUGGCGACUUGGUAAGCAUUAAAGGAUAUUGUGCAUGCAGUAAUAUUUUUCAAAAUAAUCACUACAGCGCACGUGUAAGUACGUGUAAUUUAUAUAUGUAUAAUUUAUGCGCACAAUAUUCUUUACAAUAAUAAAUGAGAACGAACAGGUGCGUGUUUUUUAUUGUAAUUUUCUGAAUACACUGUAUGGAUGCAAAAUGUUUCCUCGUGCAUGCAAUAGAAUGAUGUUAAUUAAUAUCAUAUAAUCUAUUCUGCGUCAAAAGAUGAUUUAACAUUUUCUGUUUUUGACAGACAAAACUUGUAAAGAAUGACGAAGACGCAUCUGUAGCCCUCCAAGUUUCAAAUGCUUUGACUCAAGCACUGUUGCAAUACAGAAUGGUUAGUGGAUCAGAUUUUGUAUAUAUUUUUUAUCAAAUAACAGUUGUUUAAUCGUCCAGCAACUCGGGUUAGAUUUCUCUUUAAAUUCCUGGUGCGGAUUUUUUAUUUAUCGUGUUGUUGGGAAAGUAACACCCCUCGAAUUUGUAGGCUCCCAACGGAUUGGCGCGUUAAAAUUCUUUCAAAUUGUGUUUUAGGAGGUUUUAUUUUUUAAAACAUUCUUCGUAUUUUCACAUUAAUAACCUAUUAAUAUCCUGUUUAACAACGGCACACUUCCAAGCCGGGACAAGCGAUCAACAUGACAAAUCGAAACACAGGGAAUUUUUUAUAUUUUGUUGGUAUAAAUGGGCUAAAGAAACUCACCAAAUAUUUGGACACGUAUGCCAAGUAUUUUUUUGAUUGAUUAACUGAAUACAGUAGCUGUUUUUGGCUCGUUUUUGGUCGAGUUGGUCGACUUCAGGAUAAUGUGUCAACAUUGUGUUGCAGCCUGGGGACAUGAAUAUCUUCGUUUGUCUGACAUUCAACACUUGUAUUCAUUGUUUUCAAGCUUUGAAUGACAUUAACAUACAAUCACUCACAUUUAAUCGGUAGCUAUAACGCGUAUUGCAAUAACGGUAGACAGUCCGAUUGUUCAAGCGACACUAUUUUGGAGGGUGUUGGAGAAGAGCUCUGUUGGAGAAGGCGGCUUACCACUAACAUUACUCCGCUAGGCUGUCGCAUAGAUAGAGAAGCUUUCCACCAUCCCGUUAACCCGGCUUGACUCCAAAUGAUGCCGAGAAUUCACCUCUCCAAGUCCAACGCCGUCCUCCAGCACAGCUGGAGAAGGGAUUCGAGAUCCAAAGGCGUUAUCAACCCCCGGGCAUGAAUCAGACCAGGUGCCGAGCUGUCUGACGCAAUACUCGCGGAGAUGUACCGACCCAGAGUCUUAAUUAAAUGAUCGGGAAUGCCUGCCAGGACCGCGGAUGUUGCUGCACCCAUCCGUAAACUGUGGCUCGAAUAAUUGCCUCACACACCGGCCGAUUGCAGAAUGGUUUGAAACUUGGAGUUGACCACCGCAGGUAUAAGAAGCGCCCCCAUUGCAGCAGAUGCAGAGGGGACCCGGUGUGGGACCACGGGCAGCGAGGUAACGUAACAAAGCCUGUAUCGGGUAGAUCGGUCCACCAGAUGACUCCAAGACAAUCGUAUACCCUUCAUGAAACGAAUCCAUUUUUGAAGACUUCAAGUGUAGCCGAAAGUGACCGCUGAGAUCGAAAUCAUGAUCCUCCAAGGCAAGAUGACGAGAUGGCAUGAAGGUCCCCGGACAUGUAAAUUCACUGAAUCGCAAGAAGCCAACAAAAAGCAGUGCAUGAAGCUGCCCAAAACAUAGGUGGUCGAAAUGUGUGAGAUGAAAGCUGUCAAGCGCUGCCAAGUAUGCUCAUCUACUUAUUGGAGAUGGACAGACGGGGCAAACGAUAAGAGGUACGCGCCCUGCGAAUACCGCGCAAUAGACGAGCCAGCCUGGUUUCACCUAGAGUGGGGGUCUGGAGCACCCAGAUCAAUGUGGAAGGAUCGGACAGCCGCGGUGUGAGUCGAGAUCGAAGAGGGAGCCAAACCUUUGGUGUUGAAAAAUGUUGAAAAAUGGUGGCAGGACCCUCGCAUAACUCUAAGUGCAGAGGCAGACCCAGGCGAUGGAAAACCGAAAGCGCGGUGUUGACGUAGGAUUGACAAAUGGGGAGUUAGCGGGACCCAUGGUGAAGAAAUCAUCAAAAUGGUGAAAAAGAGGCUGAAUUGCGUAGUUGUGCUUCAAGAUCCAUCCAACUGCUUCUGCUACUGAAUCGAAAUGAACGGAGCUGAGCGCAGCCCAAAGGGUAACACUAAAUGUACGUAAAAUUUAUCCCGCCAUUUCAUUCUCAAAAGAAAACGAUCAUCUGGGUGUAUGGGAAUGUUCCGACACGCCGCUUUCACGUCAAGUUUCGCCAUCAAAGCCCCAGGGCCCAAAUCAACCAAUGAACAAAUCGCAUCAUCGCAAAUACCGGUACGUGGGGCGGUAACAAAUGCAUCGGCCAGCAUUCCAAGACCGACAAAUUGCCGUGUCAAAACUGGCCCCAGAGCUCUCAUGAAGGGCCCGAGCGAUGGAGGGGGGAGGAACCCGCACAGCAGCGGUGUAAAAGCUAUAAAGUUCCACAUGCGUGCACGACCAGUCGAUCACAUGACGAGCGGCGGUAUCCCUGUGAAAGGUCUCAUCAUUGUUCAGCCACGCGAGAACCCCAAACUGAGUGCGUAAAAUCAAAAGCUGAUACUUCAAUCAAUCCACCGCCCUCCCAGGACAGUAGAUGACCGUUACCAAGGAAAACAUUGAAAAAGCCUGGACCCAUUGUGCGAUGUUGGUGAGGGACCCCAGCACCCUGGCAUCAAUGGACAUGGCCUGACCUUACCGGUGGGACUCAGAGGGUUUUGCCAAACGGAAAGCCAUAUCCACAAACUGACCGGAGAUAAUGGCAGUCACGGUCUUGUAAGGGAUGGGAAGGAACCUGGGGUCCACAACAAAUGCCUCCAUGAAGCCAGGAACUAGCGCAGACAUACCUGGGGCAUUACCCAAACUUCUGGCUGCAUCACCAUUGGGAGAUUAUACGCAGCAACUGGCAGUCUCUCACCCCGGCUUUGAAUUCGGCCUAACACUGCCCGCUGGUGGAUGGGAUUUAAGAAAUGAUGUGCGCGGGCGGAGACUAGAUCCAAGACACAAGAUGGACUAAACAAUAUGGCCAAGGAAGAAAGGCUCGGAUUGAAGAAAGAGAAAGAAUGUUCGGAUUGAAAAGGUUGUUGAUUCAGCGCCGGUCGCAGAGGGAGGCUGGCCGAAGGCCUUGGAUGUCGGGGCACGUAAGGGAGCGGGAUUACAGACAUUGACGAAGAAUAAACCGACGGUGCCGUGUUGGGUAAGGUUGUGGACCAUGUUGUUGCCAAUCUAGCAGCCAUAUGAACGCCCAGCUGAGGCAAAGAUUACAGAGACGAUGGCCCCAAGGUAGAGUUGGAAUUGACCGUGGAAUUUGUCAGAGAUUCGGCGAGAUUACCCGUUGAACAAAUGACACUUGACGGAACCGUAGUAGAUGAGUUCAAGCCGAGGCCUGUUAAGUUGCUGUUUGUUAAUCUCGGCAUUUUUGACAAACAAAAAAAAACAGAUCGUGUUGACUCCUCGAAGGGUUGCGGGCAAUGAACUCAAAUUGAGCAUUCUGUGGUGUAACAAACCUCGGUAAGCCUGCAUUAUUACAUAAUAUGAAUAUAUAAUAAACACCCAGGCUCGUACUUAAUGUAACUAUUUUUUAUUUUAUAAAAUCAUAUAUUCAUCGGUCUCGGAGUCAUAACUUAAGGAAGAUUGAUGAUUUGGGGACAGAAUGACUUCAACUUCAUUGUUUCGUACUUCAUGUGGUGGCUCACUAGUCACAAUUGGUAGGUGGGAGAGAACAUUUCGCCAAUAUUGCUGCGAUCCUGCUACUAUCCUGCUACUAUCCUACCUAAGCAUGCACGAGACACCUGUUACCAGAAUCUCAUCAUAUCGAGUAAACACGCUAUCCUGGACAGGCAACACGAACUUGCCUUCAAACAUGCGUAUUGUCUGGCCCAGAUCAUAUAAAUUACAAUACUACAGAUCCUGAAACUACAAUCAAAACAUUUAGGCUAUAAUCUUGCAGAUUCAACCAAUAAUUUCCAUCGUGGGCUUAAUAUAUACCUGUCAGUGGUGAAAUACUGCCUCAUAAUAUAUUAAGUUUAUAUAUUUUUGAGAUUGCAUUCAUAUGAACCAAGCUGGUCGCAUUGACUGGUCCAGCUCCUACUUUUGGCAAGGCGAUUUUCCAGCACUGGGAGUCUUUCACUAAAGAUCAUAAGCUAGCCAACUAACUCACUGUGCUGAAAAUCAUGUCAGCCUGGCUCUUGUGAGACAAACGAUCAAUUAGCUCUGAAAAGAAAUCCUGCAGCCAUGUUUGCUGGGCCGACAUGGCCCUUGACAACAUUUAAAAGGGGGAUCUUAUUUUUGGAUAGCAGGGGGCUUAUUUGUGAGGUCACUGGAGGCUUAAUGGGGGACUUGCAUUAUUACCAUUAGCCAAACAUGGUAAAAUAUUCAUUUGUGAACAGAUGUUCUGGUAAUGUACAAGAUUAUUGCCUAAAAUGUUCCAAGUGUAGUUUCGUGAUCUACUGAGGACCUGUUUUUAUGAUUUGGGCUAUGCGGGCACAUGUUUGAAGACAAGUUCGUAUUGCCUGUCCAUAAAAGGAUGUUUACCUUAUAUGGUGAAUUCCUUGGCUUGCAUAGUGGGGAUCCCAGAAAAGAUACCUCGGGCUUUGGCAGGAUAGUAGCAGGAUUGUAUGUCUGCAGUGUUGCCAAAUGUCGUCUCCCGCCUAGCCAGGUCAUAUGAACAGUCCAAUUGUGGGUGGCCGGACGUUUUGCCGAAAGACACUUUGCCGAAAGACAUUUUGCCGAAAGACAUUUUGCCGAGCGGACAUUUUGCCGACGGACGUUUUGCCGAACGGACGUUUUGCCGAACGGACGUUUUGCCGAACGGACAUUUUGCCGAACAGACAGUUUGACGAACGGACAACUUGCCGAAAAUGGAGAUAUCUUCUGAACUUUAAAGGUUCGCUUAUACGGUCAAAAUAUCUGUGAUUUAAAGUCAUUGUCGAUUUUGAUGACAGAAACUUUGAUAGUGAAGUAUAGUUUCGUUUUAUAUUCUUUCAAGUUUUUGACAAGUUUUUGACAAGUUUUUGACACGAACUGUGAAUGUAUUCCAUGAUUCUCGAAGUAAAAUUCGCUUACGUCGUUGUCUUUAUAUACACUUGUUUGUUUACGACUUGACGUCAAAACACGUUCCUUAACAAAUGAGUCAUCCGCUGCACAAACAAGCUACCAAUAGUCAAUAUGGCUAUGCACUAUUAAUGACCAUUAUGUAAUGCUAAUGACCAUUAUGCACUGCUAAUGACCAUAUAAUGAUUAUUUUACACAAUGGUUGAGAAUUACACAGUUGAGAAAUGAGUCACAGUCCCAAACAUUUUGACGAAAUAACAUCUCUAUUUUCGGCAAGUUGUCCUUUCGGCAAACUGUCCGUUCUGCAAAAUGUCCGUUCGGCGAAAUGUCUGUUCGGCAAAUCGUCCGUUCGGCAAAACGUCCGUCGGCAAAAUGUCCGUUCGGCAAAAUGUCUUUCGGCAAAAUGUCUUUCGGCAAAGUGUCUUUCGGCAAAAUGUCCGGGUACCCCAAUUGUGACUAGCAAGCCAGAUGAAAUGAUGAAAUACUAUAAGAAACAACGAAGUUGUUUUAUUUUGUAAACAUUUUUAUUUAAGCCCUUUUAAUGCAUGGGUCUAGUCCGAAUUCAGGUGUAGCUGAAUUUUAAUGAAGAAUGUUUUUAGUCCAUUAUGGCAUCAGAUGACGUUUACCUGAUAUAUUCCAAAUGUUAUGAAAGCGUAUCAGCAAGUACAAUGUUAUAAAACGUAGAACGUGAGAUGGAAUAAGAUACAUAAUCCGUUUACAAUACAAUUGUAGUAUGGCAGGUUUUCGGAUAUCAACGUUUACACGGGACGAAUAACAAACAAAAUGCUUCUGUAAAUACAUCUUUAUAUCUGACUUGUGUAUAAAGUGAUUAUUCUCUGUUACGAAAUUUAACAAAUGCUCCAAAAGCAAAUUAUACUGUAAGUAGGCCACAAGUUUAUUUAUUUGCUCUAUCCUCGUUAAAUAAAGUCUCAACAACAACAAUCCGAGACGUUUUCCUUUCGGAUUCGUCGCUGUGCGUCUCAGACUACGUUUACACCAGAGCAAAUGUUUUCGGAUUCGCUCUGUUUUUAUAUCGGAUUUGUUUUGCCGUUUACACUAAUGAGGAUGAAUACAAAAUAAUCGCAGGAGAGAGUCUAAAUCACAGGGAGCCCAUCCCGGGUCUUAUUGAAGUUAUGUAUUAGAAUUACGUAUGAAAUAUAUAGCUCAGUGUUGAAGCCUGCGACUUGCGGGCUGUGUGCGGGCUAAGCAUGUGUUGAAUGCUUAAUAAAGGAAAAAAUAAAGGGAUGAAACAUCGACGAGUGACUGGAAGCAUGUGUUCCAUAGGUUGCUAUGACAUUGAGAAAUUAUCGAUUUAAGUUUCUAUAAAUUUCAACAAAAGAACUUCUUUCAUAAAUUACCUUUCUGAUUACAAGCUUGUCAUAUGCAAUAAUUUGGAAAAUCCAAAAAAUAUUGCGGUUUACUGGUUAGUUAAUUCACAUAUUUUUUGAAAUUCUCACGGCCGGCUGAUCGGCCGAUCACUGAUUUUGAAAUUUUGUUUUGUAUGUGUCUAAAAUUUUAUAUGUGUUUUAUAUUCGAAUAUGUCAACAGCUACUAACAAUACUAUUUAAUAUUUUCCAUAUGAUUUUAGACAUCUGUGGAGUGUGUAGUAGGAAAUAAGUAAGCAUUUAAGCAUGUCAUAGCAACCUGUGGAACACAUCCAGACAUAUCCAACCAUACACUGCUGUGCGAUCAAUCGAAAUAUUUCUCCUCGUUAGCAACUAUUUGGAAGGUUUUGGCUAGACGAUAUGAAAGAACAGGCCCUAGAGGACCUUACAACGUAAUAAAACUCUGACCUUUUUAUUUAAACACACUGAUAUUGUGCUUUGAAUUCUGGGCUUCCAGGCACUCGUCGAUGUUUCAUCCCUUGAUUAUUUUCUUUAUUGUGUAUUCAAAGCGCACGUUAGCCCGCACACAGCCCGCAAGUCGCAGGCUUCAACACUGAGCUAUAUAUUUCAUACGUAAUUCUAAUACAUAACUUCAAUAAGACCCGGGAUGGGCUCCCUGUGUCUAAAUUCGGAACUUUCGAAUCCAGAAAAGUUUGUGGGAACUAUUCGUGGGGAAAAAUAUAAAUCCGGAAAAAAUUCUCAUGUGAACGCUUUCUGUAAAGAAUCCGAGUCAAAUUGCUCCCAUGUUUGGUUUUCAAAUCUAUUGCUAUUAAAUUCAACCGCCGAACAGGGUCAAAAAAUCGCAUAACACUUUGUUAGGGUUAAAAUUAUGCUUGGCAUAUUGACAAUCGUUGUGUCCGGCUGUGUAGUGUAAAAAUUCUAUUUCAGAACCAUCCUCAGAAAUACGAAAAACUUAGUUUCAUAUUAUUCUGACACUGCCAUAGACCAACGAAAAAUUCGUUGGCUCGAGCGGAAUUUGAACUCGCAUCUUCGGGUGUCUAGACCGCCGCUCUACCCAUUGAGCUAUCGAGUGAAUGGGGAUUGGUAGCGAGUCUUAUCCAAUUUAAGUGCACGAAAUAUUUUCGUGACGACUUAACGCUUGUCGUAGAGGACGCGUAGUGUUUCAAUUCUAUUUCAGAACCAUCCUCAGAGAUACGAAAAACUAUAGUUUCAUAUUAUUCUGACACUGCGAUAGACCAACGAAAGAUUCGUUGGCUAUAGCGGGAUUUGAUCCCGCAUCUUCGGGUAUCUAGACCGCCGCUCUACCCAUUAGCUAUCGAGUCAACGGGGAUUGGUAGCGAGUCUCCAAUUUAAGUGCAUGAAAUAUUUUCGUGACGACUAACGCUUGUCUUAGAGGACGCGCAGUGUUUCAAUUCUAUUUCAGAACCAUCCUCAGAGAUACGAAAAACUAGUUUCAUAUUAUUCUCGAAACAUUCGUUGGUCUAUUGCAGUGUCAGAAUAAUAUAGAGCGGCGGUCUAGAUACCCGAAGAUGCGAGUUCAAAUCCCGCUCGAGCCAGCCAACGAAUUUUUCGUUGCUCUAUUGCAGUGUCAGAAUAAUAUGAAACUAGUGUAGUGUAAACGCCUCACGAAUCUGUAUACAUGAAAAACAACAACAAGGAAUUAGGAGAAUUUACGAAUCUGGAAACAUUUGUUCCAGUGUACGUGGUCUAAACGACAAAUAAUAUAAUAAUGCAUUUUGAUUUUUGAAUAUAUUUACUAAUUACGCUUACUCUUCAUUUCAGGAUGAUAUUAAACAAGAUUAUAAUUAAAAGGUAUACAUACGGAUCUGUAAAGAAAUGUAACAUUUGAUAUAUUGUCUUAAGACUGUUGCAAGAUGAACACCUUUUACGUGAAGCAUACUUUAAUUGUUGCAACCGUUUUCCUAUUGUGUAAAGUUCAUUAAUAUGUAAAUAAAUUACCACGUUGUCGUUCAGUG